AUGCCGCACGUGGGUACAUGGCAGAUUGCUUUUUUUUUUACUUGUCGCGGAGCAAGGCGUGCCCGAUAAAUCUUUUACCCAGAAUACUGCAGACGACUGGUUCCAAAGUUCAAGGGUAAAAAAUAUCCAGAAGAAGUGAGAGAGAAGAAGGCGCGCAGAGAAGAAAAGCCAAGGUGAUUUAUUGGUGAAAUAACUUUAAAAAAAGUAGUGUCACUUGUGUUAACAGACAACUUUUAACAUGGCAGAGAGUACGAGUCCAAAAGGCAGCUCUGGUGACUUUGCUAAAAAGGUCCAAAGGCAGCUGAGCAGAGGCAAAGAAAAGGUUUUGCAAAAGUUUGGAAAAUCACUGGAGACCAGAGAUGACCAGUUUGAUCUGUACUUCCAGAUUUUUAAUGACCAACAGACCGAUGGGAACCGAAUAUACAAGGACCUGAGGAACUACAUUAAUGCAGUGAGAGAUAUGCGAGAAGCUUCCAGGCGCCUUUCUCAGUCUCUGUUUGAUGUUUACGAAAGCGACUGGGCUGGGGAGGAAGACCUGGGAGCCAUCGUCGAGGGGGAGGACCUGUUGUGGAAUGACUUCGAGGUGAAGCUGCUGGACCAGGCCGUUCGCACCAUGGAGUCCUACGUGGGCCAGUUCCCAGACAUGAGGGAGAAAAUCGCCAAGAGGGGAAGGAAGCUGGUCGACUACGACUCCUCUCUUCGCCAUCUGGAGACUCUGCAGUUGGCAAAGAAGCGGGAUGAUGUCAAGAUUAACAAGGCAAAAGACGAGAUGAAAGCUGCCAAAGCUGUUUAUGAUGGACUCAACAGUGAGCUAAAAGAGGAGCUUCCUGUUCUCUAUGACAGUCGUAUCGGAUGCUACGUGACAGUCUUCUCAUCUGUGUCUAAUUUACGGGACAUCUUCUACAAGGAAAUGAAUACGCUUAAUCUUGAUCUACAAAGCGUAAUAAAAGAGCUCCAGGCUCAGCAUCCUGACAAAGUGUUCUCAGUGAGAGGGCUGCAAAAGUAUGGCUCCCUGAGGAGACGGACUCURAUGUCCCCCAAGGCCUGGAAAACCAGUUUCACUGAGUUUCACAGAAACUACAGUCCCAGAAGCAGCCAGCGGAACAGUUUCAGGUCCUCCGAAAAACCUCGCUACGGCAGUCUGUCCAGAGAGAGCAGCACGCUCGGCGUCUCCUCGCAGCCGUCGCCCCUGGACAACCCUCUGUCCGAAUCCAGGGAGCUGGAUGCCGCAUCGAGCCACAGCGAGGGGCAGGACGCCGUCGCAGUGGGAACAUCAGGAAACGAGCUGAAGUCAGAAGAAGACAGCAGCCGGGCUGAAGGGGAGACAGGCUUAAAGGAGACGAAGGAGGAGGAGAAAGAUGGGGAAAAGGCUCCACCAAGUGAGAGCAGCUCAGAACUGAACGGCUCGUGUGAUUCRGUGAGCUUGGAGCUCCAGCUGUCUGCAGCGCACAGCGGCCCACUGCACAUCGAGGAAGACGACAGCACCGUGACCCCUGACCCCGCUAAACCAAACGGCCUGGUCAGUGGGUUGAACCCUGACCCCAAGGACCUGAGCACUCCUCAGAAGGAUGUGCCUGCAGGAAAAGAGGUGUCGCAAGACUCAAAAAGCACAACGGUUUAAAGUUUUAACAGAUUAAUUAAGAAUGUCAGGAGAGAACAUGACGAGUCUGAAGACAACAGCCGCCCAUGAAGAACAACAAAAACCAAAGAGUGAGGACAGCUGCGCAGACGAGCCCAACGCUUCUCUGACGUCUGAUCUGCUGUUGUCUCACUUAUCUCCUAAUGAAAUCAACCUUAUAUAAUAUUUUGGGGAACACUCUGAACUUUAAACAUCUAUUGGAAACCAACACAAAUUUUUAUUAGGAUGAAUCUCCUAAAUAGGUUUACACUGACAAACUGGAUUAAAGUCUCAGUUAAAAAAAAACAUUGAUAAGCUUCAUGUUCUCCUGCAGCCACUAACUGAAAGCAAUAUAAUGUGUAUGUGUGUGUGUGUGUAUGUGUGUGUGUGUGUGUGUGUGUUUCCCUUUUGAAAAAUAAGAGAUGAAUAAUUUAAGAUUUUAAUCAAAUGUAAUUUUGUGUCAUACAUUUACCACUUACAAAUCUAAUUAAAUAUACAUUGUUYUGUAUCAUGUAUUUUUAAAUAUGCACUCAWUGUGAACUGAAACUGUUUCUUUAGUCGUAAUAAUUAUUCAACAUGUUCACACUAAUUAACAUGUGCACAAGGAAUAAAAUGCAUGUUAUUUAAAA